CUGUUUGGGCCUCGCUGCCUCGGCCUCCGUCGCUCCCCGAGGCUCAGAGGUCAGCGUGGGACCAGCGUCUCAUUCUGAUGGCGUGUUCCUGAAUCCUCGGACGCCAGCCUUCCGAGUUGCACGUUUGACUUCACUUCCGGUCUCGGAGCAUUCAUAGCGUUUCUGUUCGUCUUUGUGAUUGUGGCAUGAAAUUGGCUAGUCGUUGUUUAUUGUUAGCUACAUUAGCCUCUUUAGCAAACCAGCCCGAAAACAAACAACACAACUUUACAUUGUAUUGCACUCACAGCAAGACCAUGCAAUGUAUACAUUGGUGACCAGAAUAAAUUAGCAAUGUAAUCAAGCGUGUAAGAGCAUUUAAAAUCGACAUUAAAAUGACCUAUGUGGUACAAAUACAAAAAAAUAAAGUCUCUUCACGGGCGGAGCCAUUUUUUUGAGAGCGUCAUCACUGCUCUCGGUCUACUCUCAGGUUUUCGAAAAAUUAAGACAAAAGGGGGGCGUGCCUCAGAGAAAUGCCGCAAGAAAGCUGGGAGAUCUUCGACUUUCGACUCGGAAGUCUGGCGUUGGAGGAUUCAGGAACACACCCUGAGCCUGAGGAGGAUGCAGAGACACACAGCCUCAAUCCCACACGCAGCUCGUUGAGUCUGUCCGUUCCGCUUUCAUUGGUGGCAUUCCUCUCUGUGCGUUCAUCGGCCUCCAAAUCAACUCUGGAUCUUUAACAAAAAUAAGUUGUUAUAUCAACCGUUGCCGUGGGUUAUUCUGUGUACCUCUGAUGAAUUAUGUAAUAAUUGAAUCACUGUCCAGGCACAGCAACAUUUAUAUCAUAAUAAUAUGACAUUUAAUGAUGAAAGAUUAUUGAUGAUUUUGGUCAGAGGCAUAUUUAAUCUGUGGUUAAUAACGAUUCUUUAUUCUGCAGCUAAUAAUGGGGAAUCUGAGUGAAUUUGCCCGUUUCAAUGACAGAUAAUGAAGAUGGUGUUUGAGUGCGGUGAGGACCGGAUGGACACUGAACUCAUCUCCUUCUGCAUCAAUCUCGCCGCCAACAAAAGGAACGCACAGGUCAUCUGUGAAGGGAAUGGACUGAAGAUGUUGAUGAAGAGGGCUUUGAAGCUGAAGGACACUCUCAUGAUGAAGAUGAUCAGGAACUUGUCUCAACACGACGGGCCCACCAAGAGCCUCUUUAUAGACUACGUUGGUGACCUGGCCGCCCAGAUCAGCGAGGAGGAGGCAGAGGAGUUUGUGAUCGAGUGCCUGGGCACCUUGGCCAACCUCACGGUCGCUGAUCUGGACUGGGAGCUGGUCCUGAAGGAGUACCACCUGGUGCCCUACCUGAAGGACAGACUCAAGCCAGGCUCAGCCGAGGACGACCUCAUCCUGGAGGUGGUGAUCAUGAUCGGCACCAUCGCCAUGGACGACGCCGGCGCCGCCAUGUUGGCUGAGGCGGGCGUCAUCCCCGACCUCAUCCAGCUGCUCAACGCUCAGCAGGAGGACGAUGAGUUUGUGUGCCAGAUCGUCUUCGUCUUCUACCAGAUGGUCUUCCACCAGGUCACCCGGGACAUCAUCAUCAGAGACACGCAGGCCCCUGCCUACCUCGUGGACCUGAUGCACGACAAGAACGCAGAGAUCCGCAAGGUGUGCGACAACACCCUGGACAUCGUGGCCGAGUGUGACGAGGCGUGGGGCAGAAGGAUCCAGAGUGAGAAGUUCCGCUGGCACAACUCCCAGUGGCUGGAGAUGGUGGAGAGCCAGCAGCUGGACUCGGCCGGGGAGCCCUACGUGUUCGGGGACGACCCCGGCGACGGAGACCCCUUCCUGGACAGCGAAGACAUGAUCCUGGAGAGACCCGACCUCUUCUACGGCGCAGACGGGGCCAUCAGUCCAGAGUUCUUCAUCGACCUCCAGAACGGAGACAUGGGCCAGACGCCGGGCUUCAUGGGCAGUCUAGCGGAGCAGUGUGUGGCUGCUGCCCCCGGGGGGCGACCCGCCACCGCCUACGGCUUCCGCUCCGACGAGCAGUUCCUCUACAACUACCUCGCUGCCGCCUCCCGCUAGCUGGAGUUACCGGUUACACACACACACACCACUACAGCCAACGCUAUUGGUUAAAUACAUGUAAACAUGCACACAUAUUUCUGUGAAGAUAUUUGUAUGUUAAUGCAUGAGUAAUAUAAACCUUUGACAUAAAAUAUAUACAAAUGGUGAUGGAAAUAAUUAAAUUAUAUAAUUCUAAGCCAGUAAACUCAUGUAAUAGCAUUAUGUAUUCAAUAGGCAUAGUUAUUCAAAUGGUGUAAAAUGUGUUAAGAAACACCCGGCCCACCAGACGAGGUGCGUCUGGUGGGCCGGGUGAUCCGGUCGGUCCGGUCGGUCCGGUCCUCCGACUCCUCAGACCGGGCGAUCGCUGGGACCCGUUCCACCGGUCCUCCGACUCCUCAGACCGGGCGAUCGCUGGGACCCGUUCCACCGGUCCUCCGACUCCUCAGACCGGGCGAUCGCUGGGACCCGUUCCACCUCUUUGCACUUCGUUCAAAUCCAACACUGGACCGAUCGUCAUUUGGACAUUGAAAAACAUGUCAUUGUUUGGAAUAUGCAAAAAGAUAAAUUGAAUGUAUUUCAUGCUUUUGCUGCAAAACCUUUUCAGGAGUUCUGCUUAUUUAGAUGUUUUGUAUUUGUUGAACAAUGUGCCUGAUAUGCUGCUGGUUUCAGGAUGCCUUCUGUGUUACUGUAAAUAAAAUAUGUAUGAACAACU